GGGCCCCGCCUCCAACUGUCAGAGACUAUGCGUAAAACACCAAGUGAGCGCCUAGCAGCACUGUUGAUUCUCGACUCGGAUGAAUGUCUCAGAUAAGAUUGAAACACUGAACGACGUGGGCUAUAUAAAAUACAGUGGACCUUUAAAACAGAAGGUUCUUCACUGGAUUUAGCACAACGGUGUAAGAACGACGUUCAAAUCCAUUUAAUGUGGAAUAUUUUACCCAACUUAUCCCACAGCCUUUAGUUUGCAGUAUGAAGUGCAGCUAUGGCAAGCAGGAGUAACAAGUCCGUGGCAAGAACGCUGGAGGAUUUGACGCUCGACUCGGGUUAUGGUGGAGCCGCGGACUCCUUCAGGUCGUCCAGUGCGUCGCUGUGCUGUUCCGAGGCACACGCAACUCAUGCGCAUGGGGGCAACAAUCACUGGCCUUUAACCGACUCCUCGAUGCACAGUCGACACAACAGUCUGGACACUGUCAACACCGUUCUGGUCGAAGACGCCGAGACCCUGGAGUGCUCCGGGCGGUGCGUUAAGCUACCCGAGCUAGAGGACGAGGUACCAUGGAGCCUCGGGGAAGUGGCGAGCGCGCUCCAGCGGGACGAGGAAACCCGGCUACCAACCCUCCCACAGGGCGUCCUGCUCCGGCUCUCCACACUGGUCAGCCGCGCGCUGGUGCGCAUCGCCAAAGAAGCGCAGCGGCUGAGUUUGCGCUACGCCAAAUGCACAAAGUACGAGAUCCAAAGCGCCAUCAAGAUCGUCCUUUCGUGGACGGUUUCGGUGAACUGUAUCGCCGCCGCCGUGAGCGCCUUGUCUCUGUACAACAUGAGCACCGAGGACAAGUUUAGCCGCGGCAAGGCGGUGCGGUGCGGACUCGUGUUCAACGUGGGGAAGUUCUUCAAGUGGAUGGUGGACAGCGGCGUUGCCGUCAGGAUACACGAGCACGCCGCUAUAUACUUGUGUGCGUGCAUGGAGAGCCUCUUCCGGGAGGUGUACACGCGAGUGUUGCGCAGUGCGCUUUUGGAGAAAGAUAACGGAAUUCCUAAAUUCACCCUGGAGUCCAUGGCGCAGGUGAUCAACAGUGACGCUGAGAUAUGGGGGCUACUUCAGCCCUACCAACAUCUAAUUUGUGGGAAGAAUGCAAAUGGUGCGCUCAGCUUACCAGAGAGCUUGACCCUUCACCAGGACCAGCAGCAGAGAGCCGGCAAGAGUGCGGAGGGACGGGCCUACAGUCAGUCUGAGCUGCGCUCCAUUGAGCAGUGCCUGCUGGCCACGCGAGUGGGCAGCAUUUCAGAACUCAGUGACCUGGUGUCCCGGGCCAUGCAGUACCUCCUGCCACUACACAUUAAGAACAUCAGCAACGGCACGCCGGUCCACCAGAAGCCCUGCGCCGUCCACUGGGCCCCGGAGUCCAUCUACACCCUGUGCUACUUCAUGCACUGCCCCCAGAUGGAGUGGGAGAACCCCAACGUGGAGCCCUCCAGGGUCAGCCUGCACGCAGAGAGGCCGUUCGCGGUGCUGCCCCCGCUGAUGGAGUGGCUGCGGGUGGCCGUGGCCCACAGCGCGCACCGCCGCAGCUUCUCCGUGGACAGCGAUGACGUGCGGCAGGCGGCCCGGCUGCUGCUGGCCGGGGUGGACUGCGAACCGCGCCAGCUCAAGACCGACGACUGUUUCUGCGCGUCGCGGAAACUGGACGCCACGUCCACCGAGGCCAAAUUCCUCCAGGACCUGGGCUUCCGGAUGCUCAACUGCGGACGCACGGACCUGGUGAAGCAAGCAGUGAACCUGCUCGGACCGGAUGGCAUCAACACCAUGAGCGAGCAGGGGAUGACCCCUCUGAUGUACGCGUGUGUCCGUGGAGACGAGGCCAUGGUCCAGAUGCUUCUGGAUGCUGGAGCUGAUAUCCACAGUGAGGUUCCAAACUCCGCCCACAGGUACCCCUCAGUCUAUCCCGAAACCCGGCAGGCGACGCCCCUUACCUUCGCUGUGUUACACGGUCAUGUGCCCGUGGUGCAGCUGUUAUUGGAUGCCAAGGCCAGCGUCGAGGGCUCCCUGCAGGACAGGAUGGAGAACUACACGGAGACGCCGCUGCAGCUAGCCGCGGCGGCGGGUAACUUUGAGCUGGUGAGCCUGCUGAUGGAGCGGGGGGCCGACCCCAUGGUGGGCACCAUGUACCGCAACGGCAUCUCCUCGGCCCCCCAGGGAGACAUGAACUCCUACAGUCUGGCCGCCGCACAUGGACACAGGAAUGUGUUCCGUAAGCUGCUCUCUCAGACCGAGAAGGGGGGGAAGGCGGACGUUCUCUCCCUGGAGGAGAUCUUGGCCGAAGGGUCCGAGCUGGAAGCAAAAACAGCAUCCCAGAUGGACCUGAUCCGGACUGGCAAGGCCAAGCUCAAGGCCUUGAAGGAGGCCAUGUACCACAGCUCUGAACACGGGCAUGUGGACAUCACCAUAGACAUACGCAGCCUCGGAGUCCCCUGGACGCUGCACACCUGGCUGGAGUCCCUGCGGACCUGCUUCCUGCAGCACCGCCGGCCGCUGAUCCAGGGCCUGCUGAAGGAGUUCUGCUGCAUCGAGGAGGAGGAGUACACCAUGGAGCUCAUCACCCACGGCAUGCCCCUCAUGUUCCAGAUCCUCCGAGCCAGCAAGAACGAGGUGAUCAGCCAGCAGCUGUCGGUGAUCUUCACCCAGUGCUACGGGCCCUACCCUAUUCCCAAACUCACCGAGAUCAAGAGGAAACAGACAUCCCGUCUGGAUCCUCACUUCCUGAACAACAAGGACAUGUCAGAUGUUACCUUUCUGGUGGAGGGAAAACCCUUUUAUGCACACAAAGUGCUCCUCUUUACAGCCUCCAACAGGUUCAAGACUCUCCUAGCAAACCGGCCCUCAGGCGAAAAUACUUGCAUUGAAAUAAGCCAUGUCAAGUACCACAUCUUUCAGCUGGUGAUGCAGUACUUGUACUUUGGUGGAACCGACGCCGUUCACAUUCGGAACACGGACGUGAUGGAGCUCCUCUCGGCGGCCAAGUUCUUCCAGCUGGAAGCUCUGCAGAGGCACUGCGAGAUCAUCUGCUCCAAGAACAUCAACACAGAGACGUGCGUGGAGCUCUACAAUCACACCAAGUUCCUGGACGCCCCAGAGCUGGCGUCCUACAUCGAGGGCUACUUCCUGAAGAACAUGGUGAUCCUCAUCGAGCUGGAGCCCUUCAAACAGCUGCUGUACGACACACCCCCAGAAAGCCCCGGCGGUGACAUCCUGCAGGAGCUGGAGAAAACGCUAGCGGUCCGCAUCCAGUCCAUCCACCUCUCCUCCUCCAAGGGAUCCAUCGUUUGAGCCUCCCCCCCAAAUCCACCACCACCACCACGCCUCCUCUUUCCUCUUAUAGACCACAGGACAGAUCAUGGAAAUGAUUCAUAUUCUGCAGGACUGCCUAUCCUCCAGCGAUGGAUACACUGUCAAGAGGGUGAAAAUGACAAACACAAAAAGAAUAAUGGGAGUUACAGACUGCCGCAGCUGCAAUGUGUGUCGCUGUGAAUGUCAUUGAAAUGCUAAUUAGUUUUUACCUUUCAGCAUAGAUUUAGUGAACCAUCUGUCCGCCGGCUCUGUUGCUAUAAGACUUUUGCUAUGCACUACUACAUAAAGGUCGCCGUCGUUACAACAUUGCUACUUUAUAACCUACUGUUUGAUGGUAGCAGUUGUUGGUAAUGCAUCGGAACCAAGCAGAACUGUAAUGUAGGAACUUUAAAGAGAAUUGUAAGGGAAGAGCAGAAGGACAAAAAAGCUUCAGUACAGCUCUGUUGGAUUAGCAAGCUAGUCUACAGCAUUGUGUCGCUAGUGUUUUCUGGUAGAAAAGCAAGAGCCGUCGACACAACCCAUUAGCAUUGUCCGCUGUAGUUUAAAGGUAUGACAGUGAAACAUUCCAAUAUUUUUUUAAGUCAAGCAGUCGUUGUUGUUUCUUAGUAGUAGGCCGAUUCUACUGCAGGUCGUAUAGUUAUGUAAGAAAAUAUAUAAUGCUUUCCUCUCUUCUUGUCCACAACACCUAUCCAAAAAUAAGUAGCAAUUGUAUUAUUUCUCUUUGUUUAAUACAAUGGUACACAAAGAAAAACUGUCAUUAGUAUCGUUGAACAAUCAAGUAUUUGAACUUCACUUGCAGUUACAUUAUCUAAACUAAUGCUUCUUUACAAACCAGGACAAACGGAUAUAUACCAAUCAUGUGACUAAAGCAAACUAAGGAAAAUCAAGCAAAUUAAUUGUGGUAAUCAAGACACUUUCCUUGCUCCUUUUAUGGUGUAAAUAUUGUUCAUAUGUAAGUUAAUGUACAUAUAUAUAGCCACAGAUGUUUUCUCAUGUCUUACCAUUAUAAACUUGUAAACAGUAAGCUGUACAAAGGCUACUUUUAAAGUAACUCUCUGUUAAAGCGUUGCAUGUCAGAGGUAUGACUGUUUUUGUAUUUCUGUUUUAGUUUUAGACGAUGCUUAAAGAGAUGCAUGGACACGAUGAAAAGGAAAGGACGGGAAAAUUGUGAACAUAUUUUUGUUGUCUGCAUGAUGUGUGUCUCGAUGUGUUUCAACCAAACGUUGUGUUUCGGUUGUUUGAAAGGGAUUGAAAGUCGAAACCAUUUGAGGAAAUACCUUGGGCAUUUCCGUGGUGAAAGCAUACGCUGCUUAGCUGUGUUUUUCAGGGAUUGUUAAAUCACAUCAAAUGUAUACAAUGUGUGACCUUUAAUGUGUUUUGUCUCUAAAGAUUAAUAUAAAGAAGGCUGUAUGAGGUGAGAUUCCUUUGGCUAUGAUACUGCAACAGAACAACACAAGGUAGAAUUUGUUUUGUUUGGUAGCAGUUGUAGCAUCUGUGGUCCUUUGCUCAUGUUUAUUUUUUUUAAUCAAAGGCAUUGUUGCUCUCAAUUGUUCACACGAAUUAAAUCAUGUUAUGGAAAUCCGACUACUAAACGCUCAGACAAGACAACACACACACACUUUUUGAUUCUAAUCAUCUUCUGGAAUGGGCAUACAAAAAGGGAAUUAUACCUGUCUGUGGGUGAGGGAACACACUCAAGUAGAUAGCCAUUGAGAGGUACUUGUUGCUCCUAAGUUAUAGAGAACUAAUUUAAGUGUUUAGGGGGACAAAAAUGUUUUCAUCAUUGUUCAUCAUAACAAAAAUCAAUCAUUCAAUCCCCCCUACCCCAGCACUGCUAUCAAUAAAUUGCUGCAUAGGGCUACAA